UACGUUGUAGCUCAUGUACAUUGUCGUGAUAUUAUUGCUGGUGCAGAAUGGACGACAUAUCGUUUAGCAAAAUAGUUCAGGGAAUAAGGCAGGCUGAUUUUUCCGAGAAAAAAUUGCAAUUUUUGAGACUAAGUACAGGUAAUUUUACUAUUGAACAGGUCGAUGCCAUUUUAGCUGAAUUUCAUUCUCCACCCAUUAAAAUAGAAGCAUUUCGAAUAAUGGCAACACGCAUGUGUAAAACGACGUGUCAGAAUGCACGGAUGUUGCUGAGGGUAUUUAGUCCAUACGACCGUUUGGCCGUUCUUGAUAUCAUUAAGAGAUAUCUAACUGAUUCUCAAACUAAACUUGGUGAAGAAUAUAUUUCAAGUAUGUUUCCUUUUGAGAAGCAAAAGAAGACUGUGUUAUCGAUUUUACAAACGGUCCAGUCUGAUAAAAAAAAUAUAUUUCCUGCUGGUGGUCACAAGAUAAACAUGAACAUGGGAACGACGUAUUCCAUGUGUCUUCCUAACGAUAUUCAUAAAUAUGGGUCUAUAGAAAAGCAACUUCAAGAUACUUCAAGUCACAUAAUGAAACGUCAGGGGAAAACGUUUUAUCCUCCAGGUUAUGUACACCACAAAUCAGAUGUCUCUAAUGCUGAUGAAUUUGAUUAUGAAGGGACGAACAGCUACCCCGGUAUGGAAAAGCAUUUGCGUUCACGAGUAAUCACACUCAGAGAGAAAGACAGUAGCAUGCCACUUGGAUGUAUUAGAACCGGAAAAUACCCAGACUCCUUACCAUACCUUUACUGAAAACAAUCGCUUAUAUUCGAAAAUAUUCUAGAAAUAUUUUGUUUUUU